CGGACAGGGCUUCCAUUCCAUUCCAUCCAUUCCAUCGAUCGUUCUUCCACCGGCCACUGCACCCAUCAUAUAUUGCUAGCUAGCUUGCCGAUCGACGACAAGCUAGUAAACUAAUCAAUAAUGGCGGCCCAGACCCAAAGCGCCAUUGAGGGGCUUCUCCGCGUCCUGGCGACGGCGAUCAAGGACGAGGUGCAGCUGAUGAGCGGCGUGCCCGGCGACAUGAAGUUCAUCAAGGACGAGAUGGACAGCAUGAACGGCUUCCUGAUGCACCUGAACAAGAUGGAGAGCGAGCACGACGACCAGAUCCGCGCCUGGAUGAAGCAGGUGCGCGAGAUCGCCUACGUCGCCGAGGACUGCGUCCAGCGCUACGUCCGCAUGGACCACCACGGCAUCGACCGGGGCGGGUGCGCGGGCACGCUGGCCACGGCGUGCCUCUUCCUCUUCCGGCCCAGGACGUACGGACAGAUCCGCGAGCUCGGCGAGCAGAUCACCGAGCUCAAGGCCCUCGUGCACGAGGUCAGCGAGAGGCGGCAGCGCUACGACGUCAAAGUCCCGGCCGGCCAUGACCGCAGGCUGGUGCAGCAGAACGAGCCGUCGUCUGACCAGGCCGAGGAGAGGAGGGAGGGCUUCGUGCGCGCGCUGGAAAAGGAGCUGCAAGAAGAGGAGAGGACGGCGAGGGCCCGGGCCCAGGAGGCCCCCGGGCCCAGCCUGCUUGGACGUUCAUCACUUGUCAUCCGCGCGCGCACCAAGAUGCAAGACGCUAUCGCAGCAGUCCCAUCUGCUGUUCUGGGACUCGGCAACGGCAAUGAUGCCGUUGCCCAGCUUCCUGCUGUCGUCGUAGGCCGAUCAUCUGAAGCUGCUGCCACAGUACGUGUCAUUCUCAGCAAAUGCAGCUGCCCUCCCGCCGGUGUUGGUGCAGCCGAAGAAGCUCAAGGUGGUGGUGGUCUAUCUGAAGCAGAGGCAUUCAGAUGCACCAAGAAGAUGUUCCUGUGUGCUCUCUACGUGUACCCUUACCCGACCAACGCAGAGCUGAUGAAGCUCAAGGAGGGAGUGGUCGUGGAGGCACCUGGAGUAGUAACCGCACAAGAGGCCAGGAACCAGGUGAUGGUCUUCUGCUACAGCAUGCUGUCCACCCAGCAGAAGAGCUGCCUGCAGUACCUGACGGCGUUCAACGACGAAACGGAGAUCAGCAGGACAAGCAUGGUCCGGCGAUGGGUCGCCGAAGGGCUCGUAGGCAAAGAACCAGGAGGAGGAGCCACUCCAGAAGAAGCCGGCGAGCGCUGCUUCCGCGAGCUUCUCCUCCGAGGCUUCAUUCGCGCUGCUCGCCGUAGCGAUGCCGGCAUCGUCAAGAGCUGCCGCAUGGAUGGCCCAGUCAAAGACUUCGUCGACGGCAUCACCAAAAGCGAGAACUUCUUGGCCACCCUGCCGGCCCACCUCCAGCGCCAGCUCGAUAUCCGAAGGAUAGUUCGACGACCUCGCCCCUUCAUGCCGGCGCCGCGGAGGAACAUGCUGCUGGGUAGCCGCUACUGCGGCGCCGGCUGCGCUUGGUUCGACGACGAGGCCGAGGAUGAUGCCAUGGACAAGCUGGUGGAUUACAUCAAAACACUCCCUAAGCUAUAUCGGCUGAACGUGAUGGACCUGGGAGGCUGCACGGGCCUCAGGCGUCACCACCUUGAGAGCUUCACCGAGGUGGAGUACCUCAGGUAUCUGAGUCUUCGGGACACAGACGUCCCCCGACUGCCUCAUGCCAGACAUAUGAACAGGCUCGCGCAGCUGGAGACCCUGGACAUCCGGGGAACAAACAUACCACCUCGCGACACCAUGAGGAUCUGCCUGCCACGGCUCAAGCACUUGCUCGCCGGUCGCCGCAUCACCACGACCACGGCGGCCGAGACGAAGGCGACGAUGCUCGUCACCGUGCACAUGCCCGACAGGAUUGGUUUGAUGAGGGACAUGGAGACACUAUCCCACGUCCAGGUUUCCAUCGACGGUGCCGAGCUGCAAGGGGUCGCCAAGCUGCAGCAGCUGCGGAAGCUCGGCGUGGUCGUUCAUGCCAACACUGCCACUGCUGCAGUUCUGGGUCGAGUACUGUACGUGCUGGCGGGAUGCCUGCGCUCCUUGUCAGUUUGGGUCGUCGACGCCGUGGCCGUCGCCCACACCCGCACCACCACCACCCAGCAGGGGAAGGGCCAGCAGGGCGGCGGCCAAGGCAUCCUCGACAUUUCGUCCAUGCACGAGAUCGCCUCCAGCUUGGCCCUCGAGAACCUGGACAUCAAGGGAAAGAUGAGCCUCCCUUCAUGGAUCGGAAGGGCCCCCAAACUAGCCAACGUCACUCUACGCGACACUGAGAUGGACGGAGGAGAUGCUCUGAGAAGGCUCGCCGCCGUCCUGAGCCUGAGAUGCCUCAAGCUCAUCCGCAACGCCUUCACCGAGCAAGCGCUCCGCUUCAAGGACGUCCAGUUCCAAGCUCUCAGGUUCCUCGUCGUCGAGGGUGACGCCUUGACCCGAGUCGCCUUCUUCGCCGGCGAUGCAGCUCCUAAGCUCGAGAAGAUUGUCUGGGCCAUCGGAGGUGGCAGCACGAUAGCGCAAACACAGAACGAGGAGCUCAUCGUCGGGAUCCAACACCUUCCCAGCCUCAAGGAGAUUGAGCUUAAGGCCAGCUUCAAGGUGAACAAUCUUUUGGACUGGAAGCAGCAGCAAACCACUUCAGCAAAUCCAAGGUAUAGCAUUCGAUACAUAUCCUCAACCGAUGAUCAGUUAAUCAUUGAGCUACCAAAAGCUACCACAGAUACUACCUUGAUACUUCCGGCUGGUGUUAUCAACUAACCAACUGUAAAC